AUGGUCAUCUUGAUCAAGCGUCUUCUCGUGUCCUCGCUGCCCGCAGCUUGUAGCCGUGAAGGGAAGACUCCACCGAGCAUCAAAAAGCUCCGCGUGUCUGAGCUGGAAGAAGCGGUGAAGCGCAAAGCCAACGCUUUGAAAAAUGCCAAUCGGCGACGAGAGCAAGCCCAGGAGGCCGCCACCUCAGAAACGGCCCGAGCGUGGAGGGCGGCACAGCUGGCGAGGGGCGCGCUUGAGGAGGCAGGGCGAAAACAAGACUCCUUCAGAGAACAUGCACGAGAGGCCGAAGCACGGGUCAGCGGUAGUGUGUUGGUGUUGGUGAAGGGGCUCGAGCUGAAGCUAGAACUCUCGGAGGCUCAGGCAGCAGACACCAAACAUGCGGCGUCGGUGGAGCUGGUGGCUCGGGCGUCGGCUGAAGAGCUUGUUCGCGCUGAGAUGAAGGCGACCGUGGCUUCAGCCGAGAAAGAACAAGGCUUGUUGAGGGCGAAGCUCAAGGAGGCGCUUGAAGGAUUGCGGCAGAAGCAAGAGGCCGAGCGAGAAACGGAUAAUCGGGAGUUGCAGGCAUGGCGGGAGCGAGUUGCUUGCGGAGAUGUUGUGGAAAUGUCUCCGUCCGAGGUGAAACGUCUCCAAUGGUCGGAAGAGCAGGGGGAGCUCUUGAAGGAGGCCAACGCGACCAUCAGGUAUGGCUUGAAGGCCCUACCUGGACGCAUGCUCGAACUUUCGCGAUCCCUGGCAUCCAGGAAUCAGCUCCUGGAGUCCGGCAGGCUCUUGGCAGAAGCAGAGCACUCGUUCAGAACCGUGACAGCCGGGUUCGAAGACGCAGCGACUACCAUCACGAGGCUGAGCGUUGGGCUAGAUAAAAAGAAGAAGGAGUUGCAAGAGGUAGAGAGGGCGCUGCGGGCGUCAAAAGCGGAAGCAAGCAGAUUGAAGAAGGCAAGUAUCUUGCUCACCUCGAUUUCACUCUGA